ACUUAUCAAAUUGGCCGAUAUGGUGCCUACAUUGAGGGAAAAUACGGUCUUAUCUCGUCUUAGUACAGGAAACACUGCGUCUGUCCUGCUGGCAAAUACAUUUCGGGGUAUAUUUUUCUCUGGAACAUCAUGUUACUAACAACUUUCCUGUGUGUGAUUGCCACCGGAGUUUACGGCCAGGGCCUCGAUCCGGAAAUAAGCCAAAAUCUGCUUUCACUGAUAGCGGAAGAGCGCAACCUGCGCUUGCGUCUUGAAACGGAAGCUGACAAAUUAGAAAAAGAAAUCGACGCGUUGACAGUAGCUAGGCAAAAUGCGACCUGUGGCUGUCCGUCCAUCUACACAACACCUAUAGCGUUCACUGCUACCCUCGGGCACAACAUUAACACCCUGGGGAGUGAACAGCCGAUUAUAUUUGACGAGGUAACACUGAACAUCGGUAACGCUUACGACGUUAGACACGGAGUAUUCACAGCGCCGUUCGCGGGCGUGUUCGAGUUCACGACGGCUGUGCUGAACAGACCGGGAUACCAGACGGAACUAGAGCUGGUCAAGAAUGGAGUUGCGAUGACCAAGGUCGUUUCUGGCGACAACGGCUACUACACAAUGGGCACGAACGCCGUGGCGCUCGCUUUGAUUAAAGGUGACGAGGUGUGGGUUCGACACCCUGCCGCCAGCGACAGCAACCUGAUAAACGGCGAGUCAACCACCUCUUUCACUGGCUACUUCGUGGGCGUGUAGGUUCACAAGUGUGAAUUAUAUGUAGAGAUCAAUAGCCAAUAAAUAUGUUUAGAGGAACCUAA